CUGAGACGCUGUGAGAGGCGGGGGCCAGGAUUCAGGGGCGGCAGUGGGGUGUGCAGUUAGGGAGCUGGUGACCUGACCGUUGCAGGUUCGAUUUCCAGUGUGAGUAUUUUUCACAAGUCAUUGAAGCUCCACUUCUGAUUUAAGAAGCUGAAUCCAUACCUGAGUUGCAAGCAGCCAUGAAGAUUGCGUCCUUUAACGUUCAGAGGUUUGGCUUGAGUAAAAUCUCAGACCCAAACGUCCUGUCUACGCUGAUCAAGAUUGUGUCCCGCUAUGACAUCAUAGUGAUUCUGGAGGUGGUGGAUGUGAGCGGGGCUUCCGUGGAGCGCUUCCUGACGGAACUCAACAGGGUGAAUACCCAGCACCAUUACACCCUGAGAAUCAGCACCCGUCUGGGCCGCACACGCUACAAGGAGCAGUUCCUCUUCCUCUACAGGGAUGACUCAGUAUGCCUUGUGGGGUCGUAUCAGUAUGAGGACACUCAGGCUGGGGAUGAAGAUGUGUUUGCAAGGGAGCCAUACAUCCUGCGCUUCCGAUCCAUGGCAACAGUGCUGAAGGACCUGGUGCUGAUCCCUGUGCACACCAAGCCCUCGGACUCGGUGAGGGAGCUGGACGAGCUGUAUGACGUCUUCCUGGCCGUGAAGAGGAAAUGGAAGACUGACAACAUCAUGAUCUUGGGAGACUUCAACGCAGACGGGGGCUACGUCUCCAGCAGGAGCAUGCAGGCCAUCCGAAUUCGGAGCGACAGGAACUUCCACUGGCUGAUCCGGGACGACGUAGACACCACAGCCAACACAGGAAACGAGCACACCUAUGACAGGAUAGUGGUGUAUGGAGAUGACAUGCUGGAUGCCAUCGUGCCGAACUCAGCCCAACCGUUCAACUUCCAAAAAGCUUUUAAUCUGACAGAGGAAAUGGCGCUGGACGUGAGUGAUCAUUACCCUGUAGAGGUGGAACUGAAGAGUCUCCCUCAGGAGGGGCGAAAACGUGGAUCAGAGCAGCAACAUUCCGGAGGAGACUCACACACGGAGGAACUGUACCAGGAAGUCCUGGAGCUGAAGAAGAAAAACCAGCUUCUAAAGCAAGAGAAACUCAAACUGCAGAUUCAGAUGCUGCACAUGCAAAUGGCUCAGGAAAAAAAAUGAGCUCAGAUUUCACUUCAGUGGACCUUAAAAGACUCUGCUGCUCAAAGUGCGCACGCCACUGGUCACAGAAAUUACUUCAGUAAUUGAACAAGUGGAGACAAAACAUGGUUCUUUAAUGAAUAAUAUUUUUGUUUUAUAUUUUUAGUUUUAAACAUUUUUUUGAGCAUGUCCUUAUCAAUAACAUAAGAAAAUGAAUAAUAAAAUUGUUCAAUUGUAAUUUUAAAAAUGCAGGGCUGCCCAGCCCUGAUCAUGGAG